AUGCGAACCAGCAUUUCCAGUUUUCUUCAACGAGCUUGCUGUUUGGCUUCUCUUUGUAUAGAUUAUGAUUUAAGUAUGUACAACAGUUGGACAACCGAUAAUAUCUGUUGUAUGGUUCCUUCACAUGUGAAACAUUUAAAAGUAUCAAUUAAGAAUCCAGAUGAAAUCAAACUUGUUCUCAAACGACUUCAGCAAUUAUCAAGUGCUCAAUUUCGUUUUGGUCACACAUCAUGUUGGAGAAAACUUACUGAAUGGAUUGACAGAAAUAUGCCACGCUCAAGUUAUAAAGCAGAUGCCUAUUCAUUUAUUGUAUGGCUUGGCAAGAAUUCUAUCGAAUUCAAUGAAAGCAAACAUAACAGUAAACGGAUCAAACUGACUGACGAUCCUCAGAACUUUUCAGAUGGCUUAGAACAUCUUUAA